AUGACAAGCGAUACUGUGUUUAGCAAUGAUGAUGAAAAGAACCGUCGUACCACUACACGACAUUUCGACGUUGUCCAAUCAGAAGAAGAUGACGAAGAAAAUCAAAUGCUAGUACCAUCGUCGACAUCAGAAGACGACCCAAGUCCUCCUCCAUUACCAGCAUCGAGUGCUGACUCGUUAGGUGAUGAAUCGUGGAAUAAGUUGUACGAUGAUUGGUUAGCUCUAGAUGCUGAAUUACGAGUAUUCGAACCUCGACAUAAAGAAUAUGUGGUUAAAUUGGAUGAAGUUGAAUCAUUGAAAACGAAAUAUCGAGCUGAUUUUGAUAAGUAUAAAAAGAAAUAUGAUCAAUUGCAAAAGGAUAUUGCUCGUUUAAGAAAGACCUAUAUGAAAAAAGAAGAAGCAACGAAGAAGAAUGUACCAUCCAGUCCGAUCAAUAUAAAAAGUUCUCGAUCGACGACAAAUCUUGAUACAAAAACAGUUCCACUUCAAGACUCAUCGCGUCCAAUCACAUCUGUCAGUUCAUCUCCAUCGUUAGAUAAAUUCGUCGGAACAUUAUCCGCACUCGAACGACUGAAUCUCAUAUCUGAACAAGUCAAUGCACAGUCCUUAUUUCUAACACGUGUCUCGACAACGUUACCGCGAAAGGAUCCAUAUCUGAAAGUGAUUCUCGGUGGCGCCGAUGUUUCAAUCUUAAACAAAGCGGAUAAAUGGACAUACAAACAGGAAUAUGAAAAAUUUAAAUUUAUUGUCACGUGCAUCUCGUUAGUAUCCUCCUUAGUCAUUUGGUCACUAACCGCACGCUAUCGAGCAUUCGAUGCCUUAUUUCACUUCUUACUUGUCUGGUAUUAUUGUACAUUAACUAUAAGAGAGUCGAUACUAAUUGUUAAUGGAUCGAACAUAAAUCCUUGGUGGAGAGCGCAUCAUUUUAUUGCAACAGUUGCUACAGGUAUUUUAUUAACUUGGCCAGAAUCUCGAUCUUAUCAUACAUUUCGUACACAAUUCUUUGUGUUUUCAUUUUAUUUGAGUUUUGUUCAAGUCCUUCAGUUUUAUUAUCAACGUGGCUGUCUCUAUCGCUUACGAGCUUUAGGUGAAACUCAUGAUAUGGAAGUCACCAUUGAAGGGUUUCAGCGGUGGAUGUUUCGUGGUUUAUCAUUUCUGGUGCCAUUCCUUCUCGUCGGUUAUCUCUUUCAACUAUAUAAUGCAUUUACUCUUUGGCAACUAGCUCAUGUUUCAACCACACACGAAUGGCAAGUGAUGGUAUUAGCAAUCAUCUUUUUCUUCCUUUUCCUUGGCAAUAUUCUAACAACAUUGAGUGUUUUACGUGAGAAAUUACGAGAGAAGACACCGCCAAUGAUCUUGAAACAGAAAUAUCAAACUUUUAAAACAUAUUUAUCAACGAAUUAUCACCGUCGCUCGCGAUCAUUUCAUCACUUUGGCCAACGCGAUCAGAAGGAACAUUCUGCACCCUCGAAUUUAUCCUCGAAAGAAGAUUAA